CGUUGGAGGCGUGCGGACCAUGUCGAAUCAAUUGUUUUUUCUUAGCUUGGCGGACAUAUUCUCCGUCUAUCCGGCCAUCUUCAAGGAGCGCAGCACACAGCUGCGCAAGGCCAAGCAAAUCUAUUUGCCCAGCGACGAGGAGUGGCAGGACAAGAUGUACUUCAUGCUGCUCGAGAUCCAGCGCCAGGUGAACGAGUCCGGCGACAUCAAUAUAUCCCUAAAGGACAUCGAUAAGCGGAACAAGCCCGCCUUCGAUCCGGAGCGCAUCACCAAAAUCAUCUCGCCCAGCAUCAGUCCCAACGGACGGCGCAGUCGCGUCCUCAAGCACUGUCAUGCGACCACGGUGAGGAUUCGGCUGAAGGCCAGCGCUCGCUGGAAUCUGCCCACCAUUGCGAAUGCGGCCAAGCUGUUGCGCAAACCCGCCCUGCCCGUUGUUUUCCAGAAUGAGCACGAGAUGCGGCUGGCCUACUCGCUGAUCUACGACGUGUUUCGCUAUAAAACAGUGUUGUGCAACGCCUUGUCGGCUAUCGGUUUCUAUGAGCAGGAGCGCAACAAAAAGGAUGAGCAGCGGAUUUGGUUGAUGCUCUUCGAGCUCUACGAUCGCGACUUCAAGAAUCGCAACUCGGAAUAUCACGAACAGCAGGCACAGCUCUAUAAGGAGGCGCAGGUAACAGAAAUUGCGAAUGUGCUGUGGCAGCAUCGCGUGCGCCUGGCCGCCUCCAUCUCCCGCAUGCGGAUCGGCGUCGGCGCCCUCCGACUCUCCCAGCUGCUGCCCAUACAUCUGCAGAACGAGAAGGUGGCCAUUGCGGCAGCCAAUCCCGUUGUCACCGGCUGGAUAAAUCCCUUCCUCGUGCGCAACAAGUCGGAGGCGAAUAAGAUACUCACAGAGAUGGGCUACACGGUGCACGGGCCGGACGAUGAGCAGCCGCUGCUGGAGCAGCACUGCAAAUGGGACAACAUUUGCCCGCUGGUGAUAUCCAUUAUACCCAAGGAUCGCAGCGAGUUCACCAAGUCGCGUCUCAUGACCAAGCACUAUUUUAUUAUGCAGGACAAAAACUUUUCGUAUGGCCCGGCGAUCAUGUCCAAGCUCAUGGACUAUUUCGAGCUAUACGGUGACAUACUGCAAACCCAUGUGGAUUCGCCCCGCUCCACCGCGUACCUGGCGGCACUUUUUUACUCCGUGAAUCGCGUGAAUAACUUUUAUGUCUACGGCGCGGGCGCCAAUCUCAAGGAUUACCGACGCUAUAUGGAAACCAUUGGGGUCAACAACAUACGGCUCUUUGGCGACGCCUUCACCUCCUUUCCCAUGGAAUCGAAUCGCUUUCGCAGUGUUGUCGGCGUCUUUGCCACGCCCCCGAAUUCAUUUAGCGCCAUCUCGGAUCCAAUUGAUUUGAUUUGCUCCCGUGGCGGAGAUCUGAGCAUGCUCGAGGUGCUCACCGAAUCGGAGGUCAGCGAUGAGGGCAAACAGCGCGUCGGCUGCAUUCUGGAGGAGCAGCUGCUCACGCUGACCAUGUCGAUGUCGCGGCCGCAAAUCCAGUUUGUGCUUUAUCAGACCCAUUCGAUAGUCGGCACCGAGAACGAGGAUAUGGUGCAGCAUGUGCUGGGCGUGAUCAACAGGCUGGCGCUGGAGAAGCAUCGACAGGCGUACCGGGAGGUGAAACGGCUGGAGGCCAUUGCCGAGGCUGAGGCGGCCAAUAUACCCGCUGCGGCCAUGUCCAAGGAGUCGCCGCGCAAAAAGGACAAGCUCGCCGCCGAGGAUAAGCGCAAAUCCCAGCCGGAACUGAACGCCAAGCCGGGCGAACCGACGGCGCCAGCGGCUGUCCAGCUGCCGCGCGUCGACAGCAUCGAUCUGAUUGUGACGCCCGACAUCGAUGAGUUCGUCCAGGACACUGUGCCGGACAUCUGCAUCAACCAGGACAACUGCAUCCAGCAGCUGGCGACGGGCAGCUACCUCUCGCUCGUCCGCCGCAAAUCGCUCACCCAGCUCAACGAGAAGUACCUCAUCCGCAUGGCCGAGCGCCGGGGACUCUUCGGCAAGCCGGAGCGCGACAAGACCAAGACACGCGGCGUCAAGCUGCAGGAGACCAACGAGCCGCCGCCGCCGGAUAACAACUAUGACAACUGCUCCGCGGGCUCACGCAGUGGACAACAACAUGCGGGCCGCCUGCAGCACCAGCGAGCGACCCACUCGAGCGCCAUUCGUUCGCACCUGACAAAGGUGUCGACAACGCAGAGGCAUCCGAUAGCGUUUAAUUUUAGGCGGCGGGAAUGCAAACGCUUCUACGUUUUGCCCGUUUAUAUGCAUAGCACAAAGCACAACAGUCGUCUGUGGUGGCAAUAUGCCUUCAAGUGUGUCACGCGCCUGGCUAGCGAUGCCGUCUGGAAUCCCAAUCUGAAAUUCAAGCUGCACUGCAAGCGACAGCUGCGCAUCCGCAAGCUGAGACGCGUCCAAUGGUGCCACAGGGAGCCGCUCCGCCUCCACAUCACAGACAUCCAGCUGCUCUGCCAGGUGCGCAGGUACAGUAAGUAGAAAUCAUAACAACUUAUGGCAGCUAUAUGAUCUAUACAGAUUAUGGCAUCAAAGAUCUAUCAGUGUACAGCUUAUAAUAUUAACUAUUGUAAAAUAUUUUAUACAUUUUUUGCAUACAAAACAAUCCAAUGUUAUGGAGCACACCUUUUGUAGAUCAAGUGCCGUUUGGGUUUCAGCUUAUUCGAAUUCUUCUAAUCUUCUAAGCAAAUCAAAACUCAAUUAAAUAUGCUAUACUUUUAAUUUAAUAGGUUUGGACCAGUUUCGUAGUGCUUCUUAAAAUGCUACAUUCAAGUAUUUGAUACGUUAUACAUUUAAGUCUUUUCAUCAAGUU